AUGAGCGAUUCCUCUGUUCCGAAAGUAUCGCUUCAAAGGCUCGACAGCUAUGACCAUGUGGAAGUCACCCACACAUCCGUGCAAGAGAUGGAAGUCUCAGCCACUGCCGAAAACCUCGACCAGGUACGUGUCACAAUCCCCGAGCUGCUUCUCUGGACACAGGAAACAACAAUCCAGUUGAAUGCUGGCUUAGAGAUUUUUGAAACCCUAGCGGAUGACGGCAGCAGCGAUAAAAGUGAGGAAGAAGUUUGGGAGCCAUACAAUGACUACAUCGGGGAAGGUGAUGAAAGUCCUGAGGUGUGCGAGGAAGAGGGUCAUUUCGCAUACGAAGAUAACGCGCUCGAUCUUGAAGAAGAUCAGUUCAGCUACGAGGAAGACACGCUUGACGUCGAGGACAGUGCGUUUGACUACGAAGAUGCCCUUGGCGACGAGGGAGAUUCAUUCGACUACUAG